AUGUCAUGUUUCUGCGGCAGCAAGACAAAGAAAGUGCGGCCACCGCCAUCUACGCCACCGCCUGAGCCACCGGUAACACCACCACCACCAUCUACGCCGCCGCCUGAGCCACCGGUAACACCACCACCUGAGCCACCGGUAACACCACCACCUGAGCCACCGGUAACACCACCACCACCAUCUACGCCACCGCCUGAGCCACCGGUAACACCACCACCACCAUCUACGCCGCCGUUUUCACCUCAGAGGGGGACGAGUGCACCGUAUUGGAAUGCACCGGCGCCACCAUCGCCGCCGCCAUCGCAUUUCUAUCCGAUUGACGGCCACUCCUGCGAAGAUGAUCCCAACGCCUGCAUUAUUCAGUAG